UUUUUCGAACAGCGCGCUGCAAACUUUUUCCUCUCCAACCCUAAACACCUCGCCGAGUGCGCCGAAUUAGAGAGCCGAAUUACGUCGAACCGAACGCUCGCCGAGAAGACAAGACGAGAUCGCCGCGCACACAGGCCUCCAAAACUCCCAUCUUUCUCCUCCUUCCGCUCCCCUUCUUCGGCGAUGGCCGCCGGCGAAAAGGAAAACGCUGCGAAUGAAACCCCAUUGCCGGAAACUACCUUCUUCUCCGACAAGUCGGCGAAGGUAUUCGUAGCUGGACACCGCGGUCUGGUUGGCUCCGCUAUCCUCCGCCGUCUGGUUUCUCUAGGGUUCACAAACCUCCUCCUCCGCUCGCGCACGGAGCUCGAUCUCACUCGUCAGUCCGAAGUCGAGUCCUUCUUCUCCGCCGAACGCCCUCGUUACGCCAUUCUCUGCGCCGCCAUGGUAGGCGGCAUCCACGCGAACUCCACUUUCCCCGCCGAUUUCAUCACCGUUAACGUCCAGAUCCAGACUAAUGUCAUCCACGCAGCCUACCGCUGCGGAUCUGUGCGCAAGCUCCUCUUCCUCGGCUCAUCCUGCAUCUACCCCAAGCUCGCCCCGCAGCCCAUACCUGAAUCUGCACUUCUAUCAGGUCCGCUUGAACCUACCAAUGAGUGGUACGCUAUUGCGAAGAUCGCCGGCAUCAAAAUGUGUCAGGCUUAUCGAAUCCAAUACUCAUGGGAUGCUAUCUCUGCAAUGCCCACUAAUCUGUAUGGACCUAAUGAUAACUUUCAUCCUGAGAACUCUCAUGUUUUACCAGCUUUAAUUCGUCGAUUCCAUGAGGCUAAGUCCAGUGGGGCGAAAGAGGUGGUGGUAUGGGGAACCGGUUCGCCAUUAAGGGAGUUUCUGCAUGUAGAUGAUCUUGCUGAUGCAGUGGUUUUCUUAAUGGAUCGGUAUUCAGGGCUAAGUCAUGUUAAUGUGGGGAGUGGGAGAGAGGUGAGCAUAAAGGAGCUGGCUGAGUUGGUGAAAGUGGUGGUUGGAUUUGAGGGAGAGUUGGUGUGGGAUUCCACAAAACCUGAUGGAACACCAAGGAAGCUGAUGGAUAAUUCUAUGUUGGCAGCCAUGGGAUGGCAGCCGAAGAUCGAAUUGAAGGAGGGGCUUAUAGAGACUUACAGGUGGUACUUGGAGAAUGUUGGGAAGGAGCAAUGAUACAGAAAUAUUAAGCUUCAUAUUCAUCUUUCAAUCAUUAUCAAAUUGAGUUUUUUAUCUGCAUUUCAAUUCUAUUGUUUGUGUAAUUCAUUGAGGUUCUUAUGUCAAUUAAUUAUGUUGUUUUUCACUCUUUGAAGGAUCUUACAGUUGUGCAAGUGAUUGAAUAAUCUAUUUGCAGGCAGAAGAGCUCUUGAUUAUUCCUCUAUUUUGAUUUGUAUGUAAGUAUAUUAACUCAAUA